UCAAUUCUGUAGACGGAUAUGUUUAUGUUAGGGAGGACCCUGAAGAAACUGAGGAAUGUGAAGAAACCAAGGAACAUAAGGAAAUCAAGGACCCUGAAGAAACUGAGGAGCAUAAAGAAACCGAGAAAGAAUAUCCCGAAGUUGCCUAUUUUUAUGUUAUUAUUGACGAUGAGUCUGUAUAUUUACAUAAGCUCGAAAUUCCGAAAGAUAAAAAAGAUAUCGAUGAUUGGGAUUGGAAAUUAUUUUUUUGUUUUUGGAAAGACAAGAAGGAGGAACGGAUUAAAGAACAAAUCAAGGAAGGAAUAAAAGGAUUUAUAAAUGAAGAUCAUUAUCAUUAUUGUGAAGAAGUCAAACGAAAGGAAAAUGAGAUUAUUGUAGAGUUCCUGAAAACCGAAAAAUCGAAAAAGAUUAUAAAUGAUGGAAUGAAUAAGCCUGAAGAAAUAAUGACUUCUGACGAAGAAAAGUCUGAAAAAGCGGUAAUUUCUGAUGAAGAUAUAAUUGACAAAUCAAUAACUUGGAAAAUCAAAGGUUAC